CAGUACAUUUACUUCAGUGCAUGUGCUGCUCCCGAUCUGGCGCGGUGCGGGAAUCCUCCGUAUCAGCGUCGGCUUGUUUUAUCUCUACUGGGGAAACGCCUCGCUCCUUGACCUUACCGUCUCGGAUUUACGCGGUGUGAGGGAGAUAUCUGAUCGGGAUAUUCAUACGUACAUGGUACUGGAGCGAUAAACGGAGGUCUGCAGCACAACCUAUCCUCUAAAAAUUACGAUCACAGGAGGAUAAGCAGAGCUCCAGUGUUUCACUGACACAUUAAGUGCGUCUUCUGUGAGCGGUGUGGCCGAUUGUACGUUUUAUGGAUCACCUAAUGGGAUCAUGACUUGAUCUUUUUUUCUUCAUUAUUAAAGUCAUCCCAGUUUGGAAGCUUAAUAACGAAUGAAACUGGAGAAAUUACAGCCUUAAACCAUUAAGCUGGUCCUCAGAUUCUUGGAGAGACAUUGCCUUUCCAGAUAAGAGAGGUUGCCAUGUGAUUUAUUGAUUGUCAUAUAUUUGUUAUAAGAUGGGGAACGGUUUCUCCAACAUUGCCGCAUUCCAGUCCUUGCACAUUGUGAUGCUCGGCUUGGAUUCAGCUGGGAAAACCACGGUACUCUACCGCUUAAAGUUUAAUGAAUUUGUCAACACAGUUCCCACCAUUGGCUUCAACACUGAGAAGAUCAAACUCAGUAAUGGCAACGCCAAGGGAAUCAGCUGUCAUUUCUGGGACGUCGGUGGCCAGGAGAAGUUGAGACCUUUGUGGAAGUCCUACAGCCGGUGCACAGAUGGUAUUAUUUAUGUGGUGGACUCCGUAGAUGUUGACAGACUUGAGGAAGCCAAAACGGAACUGCAUAAAGUCACCAAAUUCUCAGAGAACCAAGGAACUCCUCUCCUGGUGAUUGCCAAUAAGCAGGACCUUCCCAAAUCUCUCACGGUUAAUGAGAUCGAGAAGCACCUGGCGCUCCAUGAACUCAGUCCAUCCACAACCUACCACGUCCAACCGGCCUGCGCCAUCAUAGGCGAGGGACUCCAUGAGGGAAUGGACAAACUAUACGAGAUGAUCGUCAAAAGAAGAAAAUCGCUGAAGCAGAAGAAGAAACGAUAGAAAGUCGUGCACUUGUGUUGAGAGUACAAUUUGGAUUUGGAUUGUUAACUCUCAAAAUGUUGCCAUGAAAGAUAUGACGGGUGUUGCCUUGGUGUGCAAGAAUUGCUAACACAUUAUGAUAGCUUUCACCUUUGAUUUUAACGAAUAUACCGCACAAAAGAUCAUUAGUUGAUGUGCAUUCAUAUUGUUGGAAAUGUCAUUAAACUUUGAUUCAUAUGUUUUGAUAGUCAUAUUUGAAUGCGCAUGAACUACUGAUUUGUUUAAAACUGAUGUGUAAUUUUUCGUAGGUUGAUUUCUGCGAAAAGUGUGAACACAGUACGUUUACAUGCACUUUUAAAGUCUGAUUUCAGUCGGACUAAAUCUAUAAUCAUUUAAAAAUGUCAUCUAUACGCUUUAAUCCAACUAAAAUCGUACCAGUCCAAUUUUUGCGCAGUUUUCUGGAUGUUAACGUACUUGCUCUUAUCCCAGUUUAACUAGCAGAGACAACUAUAAGUACAUUUUUAUUAGGCUGAUUUCUGCCAAAAGUGUGAACACACAGUACUUUUACAUUCGCUUUAAAAUUCGAUUAAUGUUCGAUUUCAGUCGGAUUAAAACAAAAAUGCUUUAGUCUGACUGAAAUCGUACCAGUCCAAUUUUUACGAAGUCGGACUAACAGACUUCGAUAACGAGACUGUAGCUUGGCUUCAUCCAGCAUGUAUACGCGUUAAUUUUUGCGAUGUCAGCCUAACAGACUUCGAUAACGUGAUUGUAGCUCGGCUUGUCCAGCAUGUAUACACGUACAUUUUUGCGAAGUCAGACUAACAGACUUCGAUAACAAGAUUGUAGCUUGGCUUCAUCCAGCAUGUAUACACAUUAAUCAGAACUCAAUUUGCCUCGGUGUUGUGCACAUGCUUCAAAAUAUUUAAAUGCCAUAUUUGUCUUCCUGCCUUCAAAUAUUCAAUUACACAUUAUGUCAUGUAUACUUUGACAGACAGAUGAAGAUUAUUGUUCAACUACAGAAAAAAUGGCUAUAUCUCGAUUUUAAACACGCAUGAAGACGUACUGACUGUGGCUUUAUGGCGCUAUCAAAAUAUUGCUGUUUGUUUGUGCAUUCUGACCAACCCAACACAUAUAAACAUUGCCUCACCCAAUGGUGUGAGUUUGGCGCGUGAGUUACCUGUUUGUCCGAAGAUGGAUGGUCUGUUUGGGAAACCUGUUUAAAACAUUCAUUAUAAUAAGUUUGGUGGCGCAGAAAUUACACGCUUCACCUUUAUGCAUUAUAUGUUUGUUAAUGACUUAUUAGUGAAAGUUAUUAUAAAGUGUUAGCCAAGAUGAAUAAUACUCAUAAAUAAAAUGAACCAAAAACAAAUUAAAUAAAUAAACAAAAUAUAAAGAAAACAUAGAACUAGUCAAUAAUUUAAAACAUUAAAAUAAGAGAAAAAAAUGGGCUGGACCCAUAUUGCUGCUUGAUAUUAACCCCAUAAAUAUUGCUUCAAAUUUAAUUGCUUGCCUGUAAUCGCUUUGAUGAGACCUUAUAUGAAAAAUACUUUUGUUACAAAGUCAUUCCUUAAAUAAACUGAAUGCGAUGUUGAUGUUUAACACCUACAUGCACCUAUAUGUAAAAUUAAACAUUGUAUGUUUCGGUUGCUAUUAUAUUGUUAAUUCCUUUUGUUUUUCCUGCAUAAAUAGCAGCGCAUUGAACCAUGGGUACAGUUCCUGUUGCACCAGAGUGGUUUAUACUUAUUUUGUUUUAUUUUUAUUUUUGUCUUCCUGGCUUUCUUUUUAAAGGUUGGUUGAAGUGCCUACACAGGCCUGAAACGUGAAAGGAUACAUUUGUUUUGCUGAAAUGCUACUUUUUAACUUAACAAUCAGAGGUUGUGUAUUAUGAAACCAUGUAGUGAAAUGAAGACUGUUUAUGCACAUGAUGCCAAAAAUAUUAAAACUAAAUUAUACCGAAAUGUUAUCGGAAUACUUUUGUUUUGCAUUUUUUUGGAAUACAUUUAUGAGGAAAAAUCCUUUAACGUUGUGUGUAAUUUUUACAGUUAAAAUGCUUUCUAUUAUCACAGUUUAAUCUGCAGAGACAACUAUAAGUACACCAUUUGUAGGUGGACUUUCUGUUUUUGUGCAAUGGAAGGGGUGGGGGGGGGAGUAGUGUUUGGGAAACCUUUUUGAAAGCAGUUAUUAUUGUUGCAAUUUCAUUUGGUACCACUAGUGGCACACUUUAGCUUUAAUUUAAAACUUGUUUAUUUGCUUUUGAAAUGUAGUUAGAGUACAGUACUCUGGGCUUUCCCUCAAUAGUCAGCAUUAUUUUGGGCAGUGAGCCUGUUUUCUGUAAUUAAAGUGGCAGUCUGGUACAACAACCAUCACCCAUAAUUCCCUGUGCUGUCAGAUCUACAUGAUUUCACUUUGUGCUGGAUGACUGUAAUCCUUUUUAUUUAGCUCCAGGCUGUCAGGGGCCCACACGUGCAUGCGUUUGAGCAUGACACACUAACGGGACCGGGGUAAUGACCCUUUAGCGCUCAGCUAGAUUGGAAAUGGAUAUUAAUAGGAGAACUCGCUCAUUGUGUAAUUAGUGAAAAGCCACAGUGGGCCACAGAAGUCCCUCUGCUGGGAGUACAAAGGGGCCCAGAAACACACAACGCAACACCUGCUGGGUGGGAAUGCACAGACAUACAACAUCAAUAAACGACACAGACGUCAAUAUACUGGCUUGUAUUGAGCGUGAUUUAAAAUUAAAUUUACUUUUUACCAGGCUGUGCUGCGGUUUGAAAAUUAUAGUUAUUUUUAAACAUUAAAUGGGGAAACUUUUGCAUGCAAGUUCAGCAUCAUGCUACAUUGUUACGCAUUUAAAAAAAAAGAAAAAAAAAAGAAAGUAAUUACUUGCAAUUUAGAAAACAAAACACUUUUAUUCUGGAAGAGGCCUGCUUUUUCAUUUGAGAAGACACUUAUGAUUGUGUCAAGGUAUUUUGACCUUUGACCUCAAGAAAUCUUCAUGAUUAAAAAAUUCAUGAUAUUUGGAAAAAAAAGAAAACAUUCUUGAAAAUCAUGUAUGUGCCAAAUAAGGACAAUAUUUGAUUACUAAGAUUACAUUACAUUUCUAAGAACAUACCUUACAAUCUUCCUAAAAGGUUCUAAGCAUAAACUGUAGGCCACAAGACAAGAGAAAGUUUCUGAAUAAUACAGAAACUCACAGUGGAAAGAUGAAAUAGACAGUUCAUCCCAACAUUCACCUUUUUUUAAACCUACCCCAUGGUGAGGGACUGAAAGUGCUGUUUUUGGAGCAGCAGGUAAUGGACUCCUAUAAAUAAACCUUAAUAAUUAAUGUGGCACCCACUGGAAAUUUUACAAGAGUCCAGAAACAGGGAUUCUGAGCGUUGAUUGAGCCGUUAGUGCUUAUAAAUGUUUUAUAAGAUCGAAAUAGAUUGCAGUUCAUCAUUCUUUUUAUGUUAAUCUAAUAUGAGGUCAGUAUUUGAACAGGUUAAGCAGUUAAUCAGAACAUGUGAUUCAAUAUGUUCAAAAGCACUUUCUAUUUACAGUGAAUUAGACUUAUUUUGUUCUUCUAUCAUACUUGUUGAAGGAUUACUCAUGUUGUUAUUUAUGGAAAUGUGGCCAUAUCUCAGUUCCCAAGGAAACAAUCAGAUUUUAUCAGUAAACAACACUU